GUCGGCUCCAUAGUGUGUAACCCUCCCCUCUUACGUACCUAUCUGUCCAGCACACUAGAUCUACCUACCUACCUACCAAACCACUCAAUUGCACUCAAUUCGCGCGGCCACACGGGUUAUUCUGACAUUCGCUCGCUGCCCAUAGAAAGCUAUCUUUAAAAAAAAACAAAAACCCCCCCACCGAACACCGAAAAAUAUGGCACACUCACUCAAGGGCCCCGCGCCGCAAGAGCACGACGGCAGCGGCUUGCGCAUCGGUAUCGUGCACGCGCGCUGGAACAGCUCCGUCAUCGAGCCGCUGGUCAAGGGCACCAAGGAUAAGCUGCUCGCCAGCGGCGUCAAGGAGUCUAACAUCGUCGUGCAGUCGGUGCCCGGGUCGUGGGAGCUUCCCAUUGCCGUCCGAGGGAUGUACACAGCCUCGCAGAUCCAAAACUCCAGCAGCGGCGGGACCUCCGCCGGCGACCUCCUCGGCGCCUCGACCACCGACCUCUCCUCCGCCCCCACCUCCUCCGCGCACAACCAGCCCUUCGACGCCAUCGUCGCCAUCGGCGUGCUGAUCAAGGGCGAGACCAUGCACUUCGAGUACAUCGCCGACGCCGUGUCGCAGGGGCUCAUGCGCGUCGGCCUCGACCUCGGCGUCCCCGUCGUCUUCGGCGUCCUCACCGUGCUCGACGACCUGCAGGCGAAGGCCCGCGCGGGCUUGACAAAGGAUGGCCAUAAUCACGGCGAGGACUGGGGGCUCGCUGCUGUCGAGCUGGGCGUCAAGAGGGCUGCUUGGGCGCAGGGGCAUAUUGAAUAGGCAGAGAGGUUGCCUACCUGUCUGCGAGAGAAAGGUAGAAGGGUACCUAAACCUAACUUUGAAAAAUGAAUGAAAUAAAAGAAAAUAAAAAGGAGUGAAUAUAUCCGAAGACAAAAAAUAAAAAUGGGUGGCCACGUCGAAUUACUGAGCUAGGUGCAAUUGAGUUCUUUUUAGCUAUGUGGAUUUGUAUCCA